AUGAGUCAGUUCGCCGCCGUGGUCGCUCUGAUUCUGGUCAGCCUCCCCUUCCCGACUCUAGCCACGCUGGCCUUUUACGGCCCCGAGGUACCUUGCAUUGAGUGGAUGACCACGGGAGACUUUCUCGUCGCCAACUGUCCUGCUAAUGGCUACAGAGCCACGUCCGUCAUGGAUCUGAACCGGAAAUUGGCACUGACUGACAUGUUCUUCCCCGGAAAUUUCAGCUGCUAUGAGUUCAUGGACGAUGACACUAUUGAAGCUGGUGACGGUCACUUCAUCACCGCCAGCAACUGCACCUUUGAACCCGUUCUCAACGGUGGUAACAGCACCGCAAUCACUUGUCCUAGCCACCAACCCGGCAAGGGCAACGUCACCUCUCACAUCAUGCUUGCCCACGUUGAGAACCGCAACGGCUUGCUUUGGUGCGGUGACAUCGAAGGCUGCUACAUCGACAGUCCCGGCUGCCUGAGUUGUCAGGAUACUUGGAUCAAGGACGGUGACCGCUGCAAGUGA